GCAUCUCGGCCAGGAGACAAGAGAAUGUCCUCAACACACUCAAUAUCAUCUGAGUUUCCUCAGGCUAGAAAGCCAUUCUGGAGGGCCUCGGUUGGCUCAGGGAAGCAAGGAAACCUGAUGGUAAAAGGAGAUAGUAAUGAUGAGUCCCAUUCACUCAUAACGAACAAGAAGUCAGCUGGAAAUGAGCAAAAGCUAGAUAAACUUCAAGAAGAAAAUCUGAAACUUAAACAGGAACUUGAAGACUUAAAAAUUCAGUAUCAACAGCUGAUAAUGGAGAGAAAAAAUGAAUGUUUUGAUGAACGACGAGUCAACUUUUUGAAGGCUCAGGUGAUGCAGCUGGAAAGGCAGGUAAUCCUGUUGGCAGAAGGUUUAAAUUCCAGAGCAUCCUUUCUGCUAGAAAUAGACAACCUGUUACAACCAGUUCUUGAUAAGCUACGAUUCUUACUUGCCAUUGAAAACCAUUCUUCUGAAGUUCUAGUGACCAGAGCGGAGUUAAUACAAAUGAUUGAAAUGUGCCAAUCUAUGAGACAAAAACUACAGAGAAAUUCAAUGGCAACUAAUGUAGAGAAUCUUGCUUUACCAUGGAUGCUGUCUGGAAUAAAAGCAACAAAGGACCCAGUGACUCUUAUUGAUCUUUGUUCUGGAAAAAUGGAAAAUCUCAACUUGCUUUAUGUGAGUGCUCUUGAAGGAAAACUAAGCACAUUAUUCAAGCACUUGUAUGCUACAAGACAAACAAUAAGUCUUAUAUUGGCCUCAGGACCCGAGUCCUCAGACUCAGCGCAUCACAUACUACCUAAUGUUAUUUAUGCCAGGUUAAUAAAUCACUUGACAAAAUGCAGUCAGUCCUUAGAGGAAUGUAGCAGAGAUUUGCUUGUAAUGACACUGAUCGUGCCAUCUGCACCUUGGGCAAAAAUUAACAGUCCUCAGAGUCAUGAUUUUUCUGUGGAAAACGUUCUUGGGGCACUGCCAGCAUUUCCCAAGGGUAUUCCUCAACAACGGGCAAAACGAGCUGCAGAAGCUUUGGUAAAAGCAGCAAAUUAUUCUCGGCUAAUGGCAUCGCAACAGGUAUUCUAA